AUGAAAUUUCCGAAAUUCAUCGUCGCGAGAUUCAGAUUCGGACAGUUCUUGAAGUGGAAAAUGGCGGAGCUUGGUUACAUAAGAAACGCCAAGAAAUGCAAAGAGAAAUUCGAAAACGUUUACAAAUACCACAAACGAACCAAAGAAGGCCGUACCGGAAAAUCCGAAGGCAAAACUUAUCGGUUCUUUGAUCAAUUAGAAGCUCUCGAGACUCAAUCCACUUCCUCGCUCCAUCAUCAGCAACAACAACAACAACCGCCUCAACCGCAACCGCUUCAAACGCAAUCGCCUCUUCGACCGCAUAACAACCACAACAGCUCAUUAUUCUCCACUCCUCCUCCGGUAACGACUAUUAUGCCGCCGAUCGCAAACAUCAGCCUUCCGUCGUCGUCAAUUCCUCCCUAUACUCAGCCUGUGAACAUACCUUCGUUUCCAAACAUCUCCGGCGAUUUUCUGUCGGAUAAUUCGAUGUCGUCUUCAUCUUCGUAUUCGACUUCCUCUGACGUUGACAUUGGAGGAACCACCACGACGAAGAAGAAGAGGAAGAGGAAAUGGAAAGAGUUCUUCGAGCGGUUGAUGAAACAGGUUGUUGAUAAGCAAGAGGAGCUUCAACGCAAGUUCUUGGAAGCUGUUGAGAAGCGAGAGCACGAGAGAAUGGCCAGAGAGGAGUCUUGGAGAGUGCAAGAGGUCGCUCGGAUCAACCGAGAACACGAGAUCUUGGCUCAAGAACGCUCAAUGUCCGCCGCAAAAGACGCCGCGGUUAUGGCGUUUCUUCAGAAGCUAUCAGAGAAACCAAACCCUCAAGGUCAAUCAGUCGCACCGCCGCAACCGCAACAGGCUCGGUCUCAAAUGCAGCAGCUUAAUAAUAACAAUAAUCAGCAGACGACACAGCAGCAAACGCCUCAAACGCCUCAACCGCCACCUCCGGUUCCUCAGCCGGUGAUACCAACCUUAGACGCUACGAAAACGGACAACGGCGAUCAGAACAUGACUCCGGCGUCGGCAGGAGCGGCGAGCUCGUCGCGGUGGCCGAAAGUGGAGAUAGAGGCAUUGAUAAAGCUGAGGACGAAUCUUGAUUCCAAGUAUCAGGAGAACGGACCAAAGGGACCGUUGUGGGAAGAGAUAUCGGCGGGUAUGAGAAGGUUAGGAUUCAACAGGAACUCAAAGAGGUGCAAGGAGAAGUGGGAGAACAUAAACAAAUACUUCAAGAAAGUCAAAGAGAGCAACAAGAAACGCCCCGAAGAUUCCAAGACUUGCCCUUACUUUCACCAGCUCGACGCUUUAUAUAAAGAGAGGAACAAAUUCCACACCAACAACAUCGCGUCUUCUUCCUCCACUUCCGGUUUAAUCAAACCGGAUAAUUCAGUUCCUUUGAUGGUUCAACCGGAGCAGCAAUGGCCUCCCGCGACGGCAACUACGACGAGUACUACUACCGUGGCGGCGGCGGCUCAAACCGAUCAACCUCAUCCUCAUCCUCCUCCUCCUCAGCCGUCGGAUCAGAACUUUGAUGAUGAGGAAGGCACAGACGACGAAGAAUACGACGACGAGGAAGAAGACGAAGAGAACGAAGAAGAGGAAGGAGGUGAGUUUGAGCUUGUGCCGAACAGUAACAACAAGACGACGAAUAAUCAGUGAGGAUGAUGAUUCGGGCUCGACUCGGGUUUGAUGUUGUGGUGAGAGAUUAGUAAGUUUUUUUUCUAAGUUUUGAAUACAGAAGAAGAGAAUUUAAAUAUUGGAGGGGGUUAUGUUUUUUUUUUUCUUCUUUUUCAUCUUUGAUUUUUAAGUUAUACUGAAGAAAAAUUAAUAUGUUGGAACAAAAUUAAAAUAAAUGUGAUUUAAUUAUUUUUUUGGAGGAUAUAUAAAUAAAUAAAUCUUAAUUAGAGAGGGGAGGGGGGACAAUGUGGGGGUUUUCAUAAGCAAAUAAUAAAAACUGUAACUUGUAAUGUUUUGUUUUUUUUUAAACCUUUAAAUGAAUGGUUCUUGUUGUUGGUGACGAUGUGUAUUUGUUUUGUUACAUAUUAUUGUUAUUGUUUUGUCUACAUUAUAAGAAAAUAUUUAAUUGUAAGGUGGGACUGGGAGACGAGAGUUACUCAUCCUUUUCAGUAACAGUUUCCUUGGUAGGAUAAAUUAAAAAAAUAAAAGAAAAUAAAAACGUUAUAUCAAAAAAAGAAGAAAGAUGCC